AUAAACAGCACAAUCACACCUAACAUGACCUUCACUAAAACAUCGCAGAAGUUCGGCCAGUGGGCGGACAGCAGAGCAAAUACUGUCUUUGGUUUGGGCUUUCCCUCCGAGCAGCAGCUGACGAAGUUUGCAGAGAAAUUCCAAGAAGUAAAAGAAGCUGCCAAACUAGCAAGAGACAGAUCUCAAGAGAAAAUUGAGACCUCAAGCAAUCAUUCCCAGGAAUCUGGACGUGAAACACCAUCUUCCACUCGAGCAUCUAGUGUGAAUGGGACAGACGACGAGAAAGCAUCACAUGGUGGUCCUGCUGAGGCACAUCUCAAGUCUGAGAAUGAUAAAUUAAAAAUUGCUCUAGCCCAAAGUUCAUCCAACGUGAAGAAGUGGGAGACGGAGCUACAGACGCUGCGAGAGAGCAACGCCAGGCUGACCACGGCGCUGCAGGAGUCCGCGGCCAGCAUCGAGCACUGGAAGAAGCAGUUCUCAGCAUGCAAAGAGGAAAACGACCAGCUCAGGAGCAAGAUUGAAGAACUGGAGGAACAGUGCAAUGAAAUAAAUAAAGAGAAGGAAAGAAAUGCGCAGCUGAGUAGACGUCUCCAGGAACUGGAAACAGAACUUCAGGACAAAGAGCUGGAACUAGAAGAGCUCCGAAAGCAGGGUGAAAUUAUACCACAGCUAAUGUCAGAAUGUGAAUCUGUAUCUCAACAAUUACAGGCUGCUGAGAAAAAGAACAAAGAUCUUGAAGAGAAAGUCAGAACACUAAGGACAGAAGUUGAAGAGAGCAAACAUAGGCAGACCAACCUUAAAACUGAAUUAAAGAAUUUUUUAGAUGUACUAGACGGGAAGAUAGAUGAAUUACACGAUUUCCGACAAGGACUGUCUAAACUUGGGGUUGACAACUAGAUGGCAAUAGAUUUUUUUGUAAUCUAGGAUCCAGAUGUUUGAUGUUUUGUUGAUCCCAAACGUGUUUUACAAAAUAUAACUAGAAUGUUCCACUUGUUUGCAUUGGUUUUGUACAUACAGGCUGAAAAUUUGCUGUGGGUUUUUGGGGGGUUUUGUUUGUUUUGUUUGUUUAUUUUCCAAACCAAUCGUGCUGCUCACUGAAUUCUGUUGAGAUUAGAAACUUUCUAUUUUGCUGCUCUGGCUUCGUGGGGUUGGGAACAGGUAGAGGGUUCUGUCUCAGGAAUCUGGAACUAGAUCUACCUUAAAAUGAAUAUGCAGUUAGUUGUUGCAGGGAAAUUUAUAUCUUUCUUAAGGGCUGUUGCAACCAUAGAAACAGAAAACAAGUCUUUUUCUUGUCCGGACUAUCAGCACUCCUAGCAACAUCCACAUUUAUUCCUUGGUGGAGCAGAGA